CUAUACGGACCGCGCGUCUCUCCUCUCUACACGUCCGCGCCAAUAUUCACGUAAAGUUGACAAACUUUUAAAAGAACGGCAAACGCACAUUUUUUUUUAAAUUCACGCAAACGGUAUGAUAUGAUGCGUAUUGAAUAGUAAAAAGUUUCGUUGUUCUUUGGACUUCGUCAUUGUAGUCGUAGGAAGAAUCUGCCAGCUGUCAUUUGUUUUGAUUAGUAAACGUCGCUGUGGUUCGCGAUUUGCCACCGGCCCACCGUCUAUUACAGGAACAUAGGAGCAGUCAUUUACUUCUUUUGUGGUGUGAGUGGGUGGGCACGCGCGAGGUGGAGGCGGCGGUGCGGCGGCGGCGCGGCGACGUGCGCUCGCGACUGUAAGCGUUCGCCGACGCCCGAGGAACAUGCGCGCAGUCAACACGCGCCGCGCCGCACGAUCGCGCGCUACACAAUGCUCAACAUGAAGCUAAAGGAGCGCUUAGCGCUCGCGAUCAGCGCCUCCCUGAUACUCUUCACUUUAAUGCUUGUCGUCGAUCUGCAAAUGGACUAUGGAAUUUCCGGACACAGGGUACCCCUGCACGGCCGCGUCAGGAUCGGCGACGUAGAAGAUAAAGGCAGAUCAGCCUACAUAGAAUUUCGGAAGAGAUUCUUGCAGAAAAGCAACAGCAGCAAUGGUUCCCGAGAAUACGAACAGUCAGCCCAGGCAGAGACAAGUGGUCUUGCAACCGACGUGGAACCGAGGACGCCUGCGCCACCGGCCGAUAAGUUUGACGACUUACAACAAAUCCUGUUCGCUCAGCUACAGGGGUCCUCCUUCGAUAAUGCAGUGGUCAUACCUCCGCACCGAGACCUGAAUGUUUUGAGGCCCGAGAAUCCGACUAUUGGGGAGAUGGAGGAUUUAGAACUUAGUGUCAACGCAUCUAAUCUCGAGAAGUUUCAGCUGAAAAUCGCCCAGCAUGAACUAUACGAGGAUGGAGAGAUUUUGGUCGAAGCUAUUUUAAAAGAUAUGGCCACGUUACCCGUGUUACACGCAGAACAAAAGGAAGGCGGGACGCAGCUCAAACUCAUAAUAGAUUAUCCAAACGGAGUUCAAGCACUCUUUAAACCAAUGAGAUUCGCCCGUGAUGUCCAGACGUUGCCGAACCACUUCUAUUUCUCGGAUUACGAACGGCACAAUGCUGAAAUAGCAGCUUUUCAUCUCGACAGGAUACUCGGCUUCCGGCGGGCAAUGCCGGUUGUGGGCCGCGUUCUCAACAUGACCACUGAGAUCUAUGACGUCACCGAAGGGGACAUACUCAAGACAUUUUUCGUGUCCCCUGCGAACAACUUCUGCUUCCACGGCAAGUGCUCGUACUACUGUGACACGGGACACGCAAUAUGCGGCAACCCUGAUAUGUUGGAGGGAAGCUUCGCCGCUUUUUUGCCCUCUUCUGAUGUUGCUGAGAGGAAGGUUUGGCGUCAUCCAUGGAGGCGUUCAUAUCAUAAGCGCAGGAAAGCGCAAUGGGAGCUGCAGUCCGAUUACUGUGAUACGGUACGGACUACUCCGCCCUACGACUCUGGACGCCGACUACUCGAUCUUAUGGACAUGUCUAUAUUUGAUUUCCUUACUGGGAAUAUGGACCGACAUCACUACGAAACAUUCAAAAUGUUCGGGAACGAGACGUUUACGCUGCACUUAGAUCAAGGCAGGGCGUUUGGGAAGGCGUUCCACGAUGAACUCAGUAUUCUAGCACCUCUACUGCAGUGCUGCGUCGUCAGGCACACCACGCUCGCCACUUUAUUAAAAUUCGUCAAUGGCGUACCUCUAUCAGGCAUUCUACGCGAAUCUAUGAAGAUAGAUCCCGUGUCGCCUAUACUCUGGGAGCCACACCUCCAAGCCUUAGACAGAAGGGUUGUAAUAGUUCUCGACGCGAUCCGUAAGUGCGUCGAGAAGGCCAACAAUCCGCUCCAAAACGAAAUAAACGACUUCGUAUGACCGCUAGAACUGUAUGCUUAGUGCGAGUUUCUUAACGUUCUCGACAGCGUAAAAGUUAAGCCAAUUUAGUAUGCAGUUGGAACAGCGCCCCUAGCGGCAAACGUACGCAAACGUUCCCACUCCAUACAAAUAUCAGCUAACUUUUACGCUGUCGAGAACGUUAAAAAACUCGCACUAAGCACACUGUUGUGUAGUCGAAGUGAAACUUACGCUUAUGUGAUACGGCAAGGGGCGUUGCAAUCAGUGAAAACGAUUGGCUAGUCUAACUCUCUUAUAUGUGACUUAAAGUGACUUAAAAGAAAUCUAAGACUAAUCUAAAAA